AGCUCACUCUGAUGAUAUAAAUGAAAGGGGUCCGAUUGUGAACACCUGUUACUUUUUUUUAGUGUGUGUGAGCCGUGUAUUCAAAAGUGACAAUUCGCCAUGAAAUCCGACGAGAUAUUUGAGAAAGUUUUCUGCUCGAACGUCAAAGAACUAAUUUUAAACGGCAGCGAACGCGUGCUGGCAAAAUUCGUAUAUCGUGCCGCUGUCGAAGAAAUUCGUGCGAACCGGAAAGACCCUGACGACAACAAUGUUGAUGAUGCCAAGCGGAAGAUCAAUUUGAAUAUAGAAAUAGAAGCGACGGUGAAAAUAUUUAAAUGUGUUGUUGAUCUUUUCAAGGCAUCACAGGCGGCGAAAAGCGCCUUUCUUGACAACUUUGACCGUUGGUCAUCCUCUCGAAAGAGCAAUAUCAAGAGUCUAAGAAAAAUCGCCGAUGAUAUACAGACCGAUAAAUUUAAUUGCGAUAUUUCAAAAGUCGUCGGCUCCUCGGUUGGAGUUGCAGGAGGUAUUGCAUUAGGUCUCUCUUUCAUCCCGUUUCUGGCUCCAAUAACUGUACCACUUUUAAUUGGCGGAGGAAUUGCUUCUGCAUCAGGGGCUGGUGUCGUUAUUGGUACCACCAGUGAAGAAAUCAAACUUCUCAAAAAGAACUUGGAGGAGGCCAAAAACCUGAUCCAAAAGGAGAAGAGCAGUUCCUCAAUGAUAGAUGUCUGGUUCAAUCACACCAAAGAAAUGAGAGAAGAAAUCGAAUCUCUGGUCGAAUCUCGUCUUUUAAAGGAAAUGGUCGAGGAUCUCAAGCGUUUUCAGGAUGAAAUGAAAAAGAAGACGAGUUUCACGGUAGAUGAGCUCAAGAAUCGAUUCAACCAGCUCCUGAAGUCGUUUAUUAGACAGAUGCAUAAAUUUAGUAAAAAGAUUGCCAAAUUUGGCGAUGUCAUUGCACCACUCGUAAUGACUUUCGUUAUUGUAUUCUGCUUAUUGAGACAGCACAAUAGGACUGUCAUUCAUUGUAUCGGCCAAAUGUACCGUUUGAUGGCGAAAAACAUGAGCGUGUCGGACGUUGAUGUCACAACGGGCCAAGUACUACUGUCGGUAUCAAGAGGUUUGACAGCAGCUUCGCGAAUUUUUGCGGCCGCUAAUAUUGCCCUCGACGUCCUGACUAUGGUGCAGUCUUCGAUUGACAUACAUAACCGAACAGAAGUUGAGCAGGCUAAGCAAAUCAGAGAAGCAGCCGUAAAGCUGGAAGAAGAACGUUCAUUUAUCGAGAGAGUUUAUGAUGAAGUUAAGAAAUGGAGAUACAUUGACUGAUUGAUACAUUGAUGAUCCAUCCAUUUUGUCCAUAAUUGCUGCUAAGCGAGGUGACAUAAAAGUGGUUGUCUGACUUCGUCUUCCAGAAGGAAUAUUAAAAUUCGGACAUUACCAAUGACUUGUGAAGGUACCAACAAUUCAUUCUCAAAGUCUUGCAGUUGACUCGUGUCACUAUCAAUGAAGAGUGAUUUUUAAUUAUGCAGUGAAGACAUUUUUAGACAAUCCGUAUUAUUAUUGGAAAAAUAGAAGGAUUUUUUUUUCAUCGAUAUAAGUGCAAAAAUGAAGAUAAUUCAAUUUCUGUAGAUUUCCUCUUUCUUCCGCAGAUGAUAAUGCCAAGGUUGUGCUUUAAUGCUAAGUGUUCACCAAAAUUUAUUAAGGACCACUCGGCGAAACAUCCGUUAUUCAUUUUCUUAAUAUUCUGAACAAAAGCAUAAUUCCAGAAGUUUAAAUCAAAAUGCCAAAUACUAGGGAAACAUGGAACUUAUUCCUUCACUCGAGUGAUUCAUUCCUGGUAUAAAAUAUUGCUUGCUUCUUUUAAAUGAGCUGUCUUUCGACUCAACAGAUACUUGUAAAAUAAUUUUGUUUUCCAUAAAGUGUUUUAUAAUUUUUUUUCUAUACAAUUCAAUUUUUCAUACAAUUUUCAGUUUAAUAAUUUUAGAUGCCACUAUUGCACAAAUAAAAAUUUAAAAUUCACCAUGUAAUUGUAAUGCACAACAACCAUUUGGUUUCUUAUUUAAUAACUGACAAAUAAGUAUUUUUUUAAAAUCAAUUUGUAAGUGUUCUGACUCAUAUUAUUUUAAAUUAUCACGCAUAAAAUACAGUUUAAUAAAAUUAAUGUAUACGCUACCUCAUUUUUCGCCAAUGUCAACCAAACCGUGCCAAAUAUUAAAAACUCUACGAUGAUUUUAAGACUGCAACGAAAUAUAUAUUUAAAACACUUUUGAAUGGUUACCAUAUUUCGCGAGUCAUUCGCGAUAGAAAAAAAUUAUUUUGGUGAUGAUACCUUAAAUUUUGCCUAAUUCUUUGUGGAGAAACUAUCUCGAUACCAUAAUUUUCUUUUCUUGAUUGUGACAUUAAUGUUUUUUUAUAAAAGCAAAUGAUUGAAUUUUUGUACUCCUCGUCUGAUUUUCGCUUCUGAAAGGCUCAUGCAGCAGUUGCAAAACGUGAUGUUAAUAAAAUUAAACUCUACAACACACAGUUUUGUGUUCAAUAUUCUAUUUUGUGUUAAAUUUUAUUUUUCAAUAUAUGAUUGUUUAAUUCGAUUAAGUUUCUUGAAGAAGUUAAACGAAGAUAUCUAUGUGUAUGCUAAACUUCCAGGUCUUUUCUCUUCACACCAUUUUUAUCCUGCAAGUUGCAUUAUAAAUAAAUAUUACUAAAAUAA